AUGUCCUUGCGAUUACUCCAGAAGGCCACGAGCGAUGCCGGUGCGAACCGCGGGAGAGGGAAAGGACGAGGUGCAAAGCGCGCCACGCCGAUGAGCUUACAGCACUUCCACGAGCAAACCGCGAGUGCCAGCGCUGUUGGAAGCACAAGACAUUCAGCGUGGUCCAAAGGAGCUUCUCGUAGCAGUCCGUCCCUGCCAGCAGAGGAAGCAGAUGCCACCAGUAGGACAGCGCGUCCAUCUGCGGGGCCUUCUGCAUGGGCCAAAGGUCCGCCCAGUUCUGCUGUGGAGAAUUUGUGGAGUGCUGCACCCGCAGCUGACGCGGACGAGGAUGAUUGGCAGGCACCAGCGCAUGAGGCGGAGCCAGAGCUCGUGAACGAGUACAUCGAUGACUGGGGCACGGACACCACUGCAGGCCCCACUGAAGCCUACAGUGUGGCCGAAAGUCCAACUCGAAUAGAGGCCACUCAAGAAGCCCCCUGCGACGGCGACGGCGGAGGAGAGGAGGUCCAGGAGCCGCAGGAGCCCGUGGACCCGACCGACGAGGAGCAGGAGGCUGAGAGCUUGGGGACAGACGUGGCUCUCUGGCUGAGCCACUUAAACCUCGCAGACCAAAAGCAGGCGGUGCUCGCCUGGUGUGAGGAGAUGGGGGCAGCUUCGCUUGAGGAGGUCAUCGAGAGCAUCGAGGACCUGGCGCAGGCACUGGCUUUGAAGCCUUUGCAGGAGAAGCGCCUGCAGAACAGAGCUGCGGAGGCAUUGGAGAAGGUCCGAGCCAGCGAGGCUGCAGGAGCCAACGCAGAUGCGGCCACUGGAGCGGGACCCUCGACGGCUCCACCCGGCACGAGCUACUAUGACGCAGCAUCAUCCUCACGUGCGGGUUCGAAAGAAACGAGUGCAGUAUCAAGGGCACAGAGCUUCUACAAGUCUUGCGGCCAAGAAGCAGAGGACAACUACCUCAAGCAAAGGCCUACGGAGGUCGCUGUGUGGGUGCCGUCUGCCAAGAAGAGCCAAGGCGAAAGGAAGCGGCAGAAGAAGCCGGCCAGCGAGGCCGCCGAGGAGAAAGAGGCCGAGAAGGCUCGGCGAGAGGCAGAACGACGGCUGGAAGAGCAGCUGCGCGAGGAGCAUGAGCGGAAACUCAAGGAGUGUCGCGAUCUCAUCGCAGACGCCUUGGAUCGCACUGACUCGCAGGCCUUCGCCACGGCACUGGCCGCCGCCAAGAAGGCGGGGCUUUCGCCGGAGGAGGGCAAGGAAGCGCAGGAGAAGCUGAACCUCGCACUUCGCAGGCGCACGCAGCGUCGACACGGUGCUCUGUGUGCCUUGCAAGCGAGUCUCGAAGCUCCAAAGGACGAGAGCUUUGGACCUGCAGUGCAGAAAGCCUUGGAGGAGGCCAAGGCAGAAGGAGUGCUCGAGCACGUGCCUGGCGGCCGUGAGGCAGCUCGAGAUGCCGAGGCUGCUUUGCAUGACUGGGAAAUAGCAGAGCAGCAACGGCAGGAAUCUCGCAUGGCGCUGCAGUUUGCUCUGCGUCGCGGGGAAGUCGGAGCUCUGCAGGUGGCACUGAGCGAAGCCAAAGCUGCCGGUCUUCCAGACGACUCCGAACUGAUGACAGAGGCAGCCUCCCUUGUCCAGGAACUGUUGGAGAAGGAGAGGCUCAUUCAAGAGGAGCUGUUACAGAAGGAGAGGCUCAAGCAAGAGGCCAUCACGAAGCGAGAACGAGCCCUCGCGGAAGAGGAUCUUCAGCUCUUGGAAGAAGCCAUCGCCCUGUGCCGCCAGCAGGGCCUCCCGCUUCAAGGAGCGGAGGAGACCUUGCAGAGGUGGAGGCUCCAGGCCGAAGAGCGCCAAGCUGCGGAGCUCCAGCUUCAGGCGGCUUUCGAAUCGGAAGAUUCUGCUGUGCUGAGAAAGGCCAUUGCCUCCACCAGGACGAAAGCGUCGCCCGAAGCCCUUCGGGCAGCGGAGGACAGGCUCGUCGAGAUGGAGGCGCGGGCCAAGCGGCGGGAGAUGGCGCAGCUCGAGCUUUGCCUGGCACAGAACUCGCGAGACAUCCCCCGUCUGCGAGCCGCCCUGGAGCUUGCACGGGCCGUCGGGGUGAACCUUCCAGAGCAGCAGACGCAGGAAGCUGAAGAGGUUCUUGCUGACCUCAUCCAGCAGGACAGCCUGCGACGAGAGGCUCUUCAGCGACUCGCAGAGGCUGCGAAGCUGCGAGACCUGGCAAUGCUGAAGCAGGCGCUCUCCGCCUCCACCGACAUUCUCUCUGAGGAUGCCGAGGAUGCCGAGGUGCAGAAAGCCAAGGCAUUGCUCCUGGAGCUGGAGGAGGAGGCACGGGCCGAAGCAGAGGCGGCACGACGAAGGGUAGCCGCUGAAGCAAUAGAGGCUGCUGUGGCAGAGGGAGACUGGGGCAAAAUUGAAUCUGCUUUAAGUGCUGGCUUGGAGCUCGGCCUUGCAGAGGAAGGAGCACCAGUCCGAGCGGCCCAGGCGAAACUUGAGAGCCUUCGCGAGGCUCGGGAGCUCGAGGAGGCCCAACGCGCCGUGGAGGAGGCCGAGGCGAGGCUCCUGGAGCUGCAGAAGAAGGAGCACAGCUUGGUGGGAGCCAAGCACAAGAAGGAGCGCUCUGCGAUCGGGAAAGAGAUGAUGGCCAUCCGCAACAGUGAAGCUUACAUCUCGGCAAGGAACUUCCUGAAGAACCCGGAUCAG